AUGAGCAACCUCUCGGACCACAAGGAAGAGACAGCUCCUGUGAGGAUGGGAUUUCAUGUCUCUGUGUCCCCUGCACAAAUGGCUUUUUACAUUAUCCUGGUGAUAAUGGGAAUUCUGGGUAAUGCCACCGUGAUUUGGGUCAUUGGUAAGAGCAUAUUCUUGGAGCGUAAUUGGGGACGUAUCUCAGACAUCAUCAUUCUUAACAUGGCACUGUCUAACCUGCUGAUAUCGCUGUUGAGGAACAUGCUCCUCGUCAUCUCAGACAUUGGACUGGAGCUAAACACAAUCAAAGGGUUUUGUCAGCUGCUCAUGGGUGUCUGGAUGUGGCUGCGGUCAGUCAACGUGUGGUCAACACUCUUCCUCAGUGCUUUCCAUCUCCAGAUGUUGAAACGUGUGGCUCCUACUACUGCAAAUGGGCCCCGGGGUGUUCCUAAAACCUUCCUGGUGAGCCUGGGUCUCAUCUGGAUUGUUAACCUUAUUUACUCCAUUCCUGCUUAUAUUUUUUCCACUAAUGGAGGCAGAAAUACUACAGAGACACUUAUGCUGGUGAGCACUACAACACGCCCCCUGCUGGGCUGCAUAUGGAACUUCCCCUCCACCUACAGCGGCCUGGCCUAUGCCACUACAUCUCUGGUGAUACAUGAAGCAGUUCCUAUAAUGUUGAUGGUUGUCACAAACCUAACCUCGCUUUACACACUCUACAGUCACGGUCGGAGUUCAGGGAAAGAUGCACCUGCAUUAAAGCGGGUGCCAGCCGAGAAACGAGCAGCCAAGGUGAUUCUUGCCCUCGUCAUGCUCUUCAUCAUAUCUUGGGGAACCAACGUUAUCUCUGUCAAUUAUUUCAACUACAACCGUGGCUCCUCAGUUGCAUUUCUUCUGGUCAUUGCACGUUUUGGCCACAUUACCUUUAUUGCCAUGUCACCUGUCGUUCUGGCAGUUGGCCACAGGCAGCUUCGUUCAUGCAUCAGGUCUGCCCUUGUGCACUGA